UUGCAUAUAUAGUCGGGACCAAGACAAAACGAUUGGGUAUUUCAUGCGUCAGAUUCAUGAGUCUUCCCUCUCAGGUGGACCCCAUGGCAAAUUUUUCCUGCAAAACCGAGUAACUUGGAAAUUCUUGAUCACAGAAAAAUGCAGAAUAUUCGAAGAACAACAACCAGCCUGAGUCAAUGCAUCUCCUAAAGAAAAUUAAAAACAUAAGUCAAUACAUGGCGUUCCAUGUCAUAGUCUUAAUUUACUCAGAAUAAUGGGUCUAACUUUUACAUGUUGGGUAAGAGCUUUAAGGAUAGUAAGCAAUGGAAAUCUUUACUUCUGCGCUUUUGAGUUCCAGUUUGCUUCUUUUGUACUUUGUAUUCACGGAUGCUGCUGAUAACAUUACUCAAUCCCAAUUCAUCAGUGACAGUAACGGCACAACCUUGAUCUCUAAAGAUGGACGCUUUGCCCUGGGGUUCUUCAGUCCAGGUAAUUCCACAAACCGUUACUUGGGAAUUUGGUACAACAAACUCCCAGGUACAACGGUUGUUUGGGUAGCAAACCGGGGCACUCCAAUCACAGACUCGUCUGGCGUGUUGCUGGUAAAAAGUUCAGGUAGUCUUGUUCUUGUCGGCCAGAAUUUGAUUGUUGCUUGGUCGGCAAAUUCAACAAAGAAGGCCAGGAAUCCAAUAUUACAGCUUUUAGAUUCAGGAAAUCUAGUAUUAAGAGAAGAGAAUGAAGGAAACUAUUUGUGGCAAAGCUUUGACUAUCCUUCUGAUACGUGGCUAGCAGGGAUGAAGCUUGGGUGGGACUUAAGGAUUGGUCUUGAAAGGCGUCUAACUGCAUGGAGGAGUCCAGAUGACCCCUCACCAGGAGAACUGAGUUGGGGGUUUGAAGUUCAUAAUUACCCUGAAUUAGUCAUGAAGAAAGGCUCGAAGAAUUUCUUCAGGUCCGGUCCAUGGAAUGGCAAUUUUUUCAGUGGUAUGCCAGAGUUACAGGCCACUCCGCUUUACAACUUCACGUUUGUCUCCAACAACAGCGAGGUAUACUUCAUGUUCGAAAUGAUUGAAAAGUCUGCAAUCACAAGAGCAGUUUUGAAUCAAUCACAAUCAGAGUAUCAGCGCUAUAUGUGGGUUGAAGAUAAAAAAGAAUGGAGCAUAUUCUUAUAUUUGCCAAAAGACAAAUGCGACAGUUAUAAUUUAUGUGGUCCUUAUGGAAAUUGUAUCAUGGGUGAGUCACCUGUCUGUCAAUGUGUACAAGGAUUCAAGCAUAAAUCACUACAAACAUGGAACCCAGAAGAGUGGUAUAAGGGAUGUGAACGCAGUAAGCCAUUGAGCUGCCUGGAUAAAACCGGGUUUGAUAAAUUAUCUGGGCUCAAAAUGCCAGACACCACGUUUUCUUUGUUGAACGAAACUAUGAGUCUUAAUGAAUGCAAAUUCAGAUGUUUGAACAACUGUACCUGUAUUGCUUAUUCAAACUCAGAUACUCGAAAUGGAGGAAGUGGCUGCGCCAUGUGGUUUGGGAAACUAAUUGAUAUUAGACAAAUGGCAGCUAACAAGGAGGAUGCUAAUAGCCAGAAUAUAUAUAUUCGAAUGCCUGCUUCAGAGCAAGCGGUGAAAAACAAGCAAAAGAUGAAGGUGAUUUUAAUAGCUGUGGUUGCCAUUGCCGUAGUUUUUGGAGUGCUCUUGAUUCCCUACUGUAUUCGCAGAAGAAAAACUUGAGAGGGUUAAAAUUGCGAUAAGAUCACAAUGAUUUCAAGAUAAUCCACUUGUUUUAAAAU